CAAAUGUUCCGAGACGCGUUCAAGUACUACAAAGCGAGAAAGCCGCCGCCAGAUUUAAGAGAUGUGAUUGAUGUUACGAAGACUGAUGAUCAAUUGGUUAGACGUAUUCACGUGGAACGGAAAAGCGGCGAUGAUUUGAAUGAGAGGCUAGGGCUGCGAGAUGUUAAGAGUUGGAAUAUUUAUAAAAUCGUUGAUGUACCCGAUUUGAUUUUUAUAGAAAAUCCAUUUACUCCAAAAGGGCAGCAACAUUGGAUUAUUAAAUGUUUGAAAGAAUAUUCCAAGAAACCUAAUAUUCUCAAUAUUGAUGCGCAUGGUUGCUUGAACGAUGGACAGACUUGGUGGGAUACUUGUUUUCGAUCAAACACAAAUAAUGAUUUGCUAUCCAAACUAAGAUGGGCAACACUAGGAUACCAUCAUAACUGGGACACGAAACAUUAUACAGAAGAUUUCAAAUCAGAAAUGCCAGCUGAUUUGAAGGAUUUAACAAAUCAUUUUGCAAGUAUCUUGGAAUUUGAUGAUUUUCAUGCAGAAGCUGCUAUUGUCAACUAUUACAGAAUGAAUUCUACAUUAGCUGGACACACAGAUCACUCAGAAGUAUUUCUUGAAGCCCCUUUGUUUUCUAUUAGUUUUGGUCAAACUGCAAUAUUUCUGAUUGGUGGAUUGAAACAAGAAGAUCCAGCAAAAGCAUUAUUUUUGCGCACAGGUGAUGUAGUUAUAAUGUCAGGCACAUCAAGACUAAGGUACCAUGGAGUACCAAAAAUUUUAUCAGACAAAUUAAUGCCAUGGGAUACAAUGGAUGAACAUUUAUUAAAUAGUGAAGAUUGGCGGAUAGCUGAAUCUUAUAUUGCAGAAGCAAGGAUUAAUUUGAAUGUGAGGCAGGUGUUAAAACCGGGACAAAAGACAUUGAUAAAGUAUUAGCUUUGUAGCUAAUAAAUAUAAAUAAUAUCUUUUUAAUUAAUUUAAUUUUUUUUAAUGAAUUGAAGAUAUAUUUGUUA